UCCAACUUUCUGCCACUUUCUUCUUUGUUAUUCUCCAAGCCUAAUGCUUUCUUCAAGCCCCAGCAGUGGGGUUCCCCCCAGAGCCCUGCAGUCAAAGCCCAGUCUCUGCCUCCAGACCCACCCACAUCUGAGUUCCCCAGGAUGAUCCCCGAAGCUGGCACCCCCCAGAAGUCCCCAACAGCAGAGAAGGCUGUGGCAGUGCCACCAGGCCGGCCCUCCCCAGCAGGAUCCCCCAGGAACCGGCAGACCCAGACCAGUUCCAGCAACCUCCACCUGCCCCAGGACUCUGCUGGGAAGGGGCAGCCGGCCAGCGAGGACCCCGUGGUUGUGACCCACGAGCAGUUCAAAGCUGCUCUCAGGAUGGUUGUGGACCAGGGAGAUCCCAGGACAAUGCUGGAGAAUUACGUCAAGAUCGGGGAAGGCUCGACAGGAAUCGUGUGCAUCGCUCGGGAGAAGCACUCAGGGCGCCAGGUGGCCGUGAAAAUGAUGGAUCUGAGGAAGCAGCAGCGCCGGGAGCUCCUGUUCAAUGAGGUGGUGAUAAUGAGGGACUAUCAACACGUCAAUGUCGUGGAGAUGUACAAGAGCUACCUCGUGGGAGAGGAGCUCUGGGUGCUGAUGGAGUUCCUGCAGGGAGGAGCCCUCACAGACAUCGUGUCUCAGAUCAGGCUGAACGAGGAGCAGAUUGCCACAGUGUGUGAGUCGGUGCUGCAGGCUCUGUCCUAUCUCCACUCUCAGGGGGUCAUUCACCGAGACAUCAAGAGUGACUCCAUUCUUCUGACGCUGGAUGGGAGGGUCAAACUCUCUGAUUUUGGUUUCUGUGCUCAGAUCAGUAAAGAUGUACCUAAAAGAAAGUCCCUGGUAGGUACUCCUUAUUGGAUGGCUCCAGAAGUGAUUGCAAGGAUACCCUACACCACUGAGGUGGAUAUCUGGUCCAUGGGGAUCAUGGUGAUAGAGAUGGUAGAUGGAGAACCCCCCUACUUCAGUGAUUCUCCAGUCCAGGCAAUGAAGAGACUCCGUGACAGCCCUCCUCCUAAACUGAAAAACUUCCACAGGACCUCCCCAGUUCUGAGAGACUUCUUGGAAAGGAUGCUGACACGGGAUCCCUUGGAAAGAGCAACGGCACAGGAGCUUCUAGAUCACCCCUUUUUGCUCCAGACAGGACUUCCAGAGUGCUUGGUGCCCCUUAUCCAACAGUACAGGAAGCGCACCUCCACCUGCUGACUUUAUGAGGGGAAGCUCUAGGGAAAAGGAAUGUUUAUAAAAAAUAUAUAUAUAUAGAAAAGAUUAAGAGCCCAGGCAGUCUUGACCUGUGAAUGGUGCUUGGAACUUGCCAGUGACUGUUUUGGAGGACGAAUGUGAAUCCUAUCUGUGCAUCCUCAGCCUUCUGUGGCUUCUCCUUUGCUGAAGACAAUCAAUACAGACUAGAUCUAAGUGAGACCAAGUCUGUCUCAAGGAUAAAGCGGGUAUUCCAUGGCUCGGGGAUCACUGCUGCCAAAGGAUGGCAUUCGAAAGUGGAAUCUGAAGUUGUGUGUCUGAAUGUCUGUGAGUUUCUGCACGCCCUGGCUGCUGACUACUGAGCUGGAAAGGUAUUUCCCAUUUAGAAAUGUGAUCUUUGUUUCCUUCAUUGUACACUGGAGCCGUGAGCUGACUCAUUUGGGGCACAGACCCCUUUAAACUCUCAAUGCACAAAGACUUGACUUUUUUUUUUUCCUCUGAGACCUUUUCACACAUGAUUUUAAUUACCUUUGGGAAACAUGGACCUAGAAACCUUCACACUCUUCCUUAGGGAACAGAUGUGAUAUGUAUAUAUUUGUUUCUAAGUGGCUCUCUUGCAUCAACAUGCUUCUCUUUUGCUGCAGAGUAUGUAUUUAGUGGUCAAUCUUGAAUCCAUUUCAUGUUUUUAAACUUUUGGAGAGGGGAAACCCUUGGAUAUAGGCCUCAAAGAGACUCCAUGAAGACUAGGUGCUCUUGCCACCAGGAUCUUAUGGUUGAAAAUUCACCAUCUGCAACACCUCAUGUACUGGUUGGAAUGUGAACAGCGUGUUCCUCUGAUUGGUUUCCAGGCACCUUGCUUUCCCAGUCCUUUCUCCCAGGAGAGGCUGAGAAAUGCUGCCCUAAGGCAGCAUUUUGGGUAGCAUUUUGGGGAUGCUGCAGGAGACUGACUGGAAAAGUUUGAGCUGUCCUGCAUAUCCCACGAUUGAUUUUUGUGUUCAUGUGCUGCUGUCUGGCUAUUGGUCUGCCCUUCCCCAUCAUCCCUUUACAUCUGGAAGGUUUUYGGUUGUUGAAAGAGCUCUUUCAGUUAUUUUCACAUAAUUUUAGGUAUUUUGUAUGCUGCACUCUCUGAUCAGUGAGAUCCUCAAGGUAAUUGGACUCUACGUUGGUAUUAACAUUGUACAGUGAUGGUGUGUGUUGUUGUGAGGUCUCAAGAAUAUAUUCCUACAUGUGGAACUGGGAUCUUGUUUUGAAACUCCAGAUACCAAGAUAUUGGAAUUUAAGUUAUUCUCAGGACAGUCCUGCUGUGUCUCAGAAACUGACCUCAGAACUGCAUUUUCUUCAAAAGAUGUUUAUAACUUCUGUCCUCUGCUAUUUGCUCCAUAUACAGAUCCUGCUUCAAAAUUGAAGCCACGGUUGAUUACUUGAAAUAAUUUGGGAUGGAAUUCAUCUGCACUGCUGCCAGCUGUCAAAGGGUGGGCACCCAGAGCAUGUAGGUUCACUCUGUAGCCCACGGGAGAGGAACAACCCCCGAGGGAACAACUCUGGGGGUGGUUCAUCCCUUGGCUCAGACACCUGCUGAAGGAGGAAAUAGUCUCACCCCAUGGCCUGCAGAGAGGUUGUAUAGUCUGGAUGUCUAAGUUUGGGACUGGUGGAGUUGGUUGAAAUUAAUUGGCUAAGCUCCUCCUUAGCUGCACUGGAAAAUUUUUGAUGUAAAAUGUUUCUGUAUUCCAGAUAUAUUCCUUUUUUAAUGCAAAAAMGCAGGGCUUGGAAAAGAUUUAUAAUUUGAAACAAACA